AUGGCAGAUCAUGAUAAAGACUAUUCACUUGUCCAAUUCAAACUUCAUCCUCAUCCGGGAUUACGGACAAGACAAAAGGAUGAGUUGCGAAAUCAAGUCUCUGGCCAGGCGUCACUUCAAUCCUCCAACUCGCCCCGCAAAUCACCCAUUCACCGCUGCUCAUCUGUUGAACAAGAUCAAGGCCCAAGCCAAACUCAACAACAAGACCAAGACCAUGACCAUGACGACUCUUGUACAAUCAACCUAUGCUGUCACAAUACAUUCUGGUCCGAUCCACUUCCAAAUUUGACACUGCACCUGCACUCGUCAAAAGAAAUACUCUACGAGACUGACCUCCUCAUCUCUGAUCUUCCACCUCCCUCGCCGCCGAAUUAUGUCAUCGCAAGCAAUAACAUACAACUCUGGCCAUCAGACGAUGAUGACGAACAACAAGAAUCACAGCAAGAAGAACUAGAGUUCCAUCUUCCGCUUAGUUUUCCUGCGCGACAAGCUUCCCUUAGUCAUUGGUGCUUCCUCGCCGUUGUUGUCUGCCUUGCCGGUAUAGUAGUGCUUUUCACCCGUUGGAGCUGUUUAGCCAGGGUAGAAACAGUCUACAUUCAACCACCAUUCUCAACAGAAGUCCUCCCAAUUCUGGACGAAUAUAGUCAUAUUAUAUUCGAAUAUUUCGACCUUGUACAAGCUUACAUGCCUUACGACGACUUCAUUACGAAGCACCCCUCGGCCGCAUGCAACGCAAUCCUAAUGAUGGGUCAAUUCUACCAUAAUGUCAGCGGUAGAUUCUACCCAGGGGGCAGAAUCUUUACUACUUUCUACGAAGACGGCGACAACCACGAAUAUCUCCCAAACCGCGAAAGACUUGGGAUCCCUCCCGACGCAACAGACAACUUUCGUUUUUGUGUUGACCUAUUGAGAAAGUUGAGGUCUAUGAUCGAUCAGUGGCACAGUUCGGUUGUCCCCAUUGCGAACCUCCCCAUGGAACCCAUACUCUCAUACGCGUUCAUACUUAUCAAUUUGGAGGUGAUGUUUCCUAACGGGAAUGAGUCGAGUGCAUACGAUUCGCUAAGUGUUGACUGGCUUGAGAUUUUUGCGGAUGCGAUGAGCGACUUCAGCCUAGAGUAUGUUACUGACCUAGUGAUAAGGGAUAUGGAGGCUCUAGAUGACAGCAUUGAUGAUGUGAUGCGAGAUCUCGAUCUUUUAAACCACAUUGCUUUGCAGGUCAACCUUUCAUCACACACCUGGUAUAAAUCAACAAGCAUGGAGAAAAUCUUGAACUCAAUCGUCCAUCUUCAACACAAUCUCACCUCGCUCAGCAAACACGUAAACGAUUUCAUCGACGGUCGAAACCUCAUCGUUGAUCAAGAAAAACUCAUCCUCGAAUGGCUUGACUCCCUAACAAACUGGAGAUGCACUCAUCCAAGCCCCUACAAUCUUGCAAGCGACGGCGUUCACUCUAACCCCUGGGCAGUCUGGCGCCCGCGCUCCGAGAACGGCAGUUUCUGCCUCGUACCACGGUGUCCUGUUCCGAGGGAUGAUAUCGAUAAUAUUCUUGUCAAAUUGACUCUUCCGAGUGCUAUUCAGGCCUAUCACCAUAUGGCUGAUGUUAUGCAGUAUGGUGUUGCGAUUGUCAAGGAAGCAGAAUUCAAGUUCCAUUACUGGCUGUUUAAUAAGAUGACGGAGAGGUACUUCUGGGCAUGGUAA